AUGUCGCCAACGAACAGCCUCUUCCGCGCCGCACGGCCUGCCUUCCGCGCCCGCCAGUUCUUCUUCCGCCCCAAGCAGAGCAGCGCCCGCUCCCAGAGCACAGCAACUGGCAGCCAAGCCGCGACCGAGUCGUGGGGCAAGCGCAUGUGGAACAGCCCCGUGGGGCUCAAGACGGUGCAUUUCUGGGCUCCCGUGAUGAAGUGGGCACUGGUUCUGGCGGGCGUCGCCGAUUUUGCGCGCCCGGCGGAGAAACUCUCGCUAACGCAGAACGCGGCGCUGACCGCGACGGGCAUGAUCUGGACCCGGUGGUGCCUCAUCAUCAAGCCCAAGAACUAUCUCCUCGCGGCAGUCAACUUCUUCCUCGGUGUCGUCGGCGUCGUCCAGUGCACCCGCAUCGCCCUCUGGCACCAGUCGCAGAAGGCUUUGACCGAGGAGGCCAAGGACGCAGUCAAGUCAUAA